UGUUCUGCCCACAUUUCUUCCCAUCUUAAACGUGAGGCUGUGGUCUUUUUAGUAAAAAAAUGUAAAAUCUUUGUUCAUUCUGGACUGUCUUUGAUGAUUCCUCUGUUGUGAGGCCUGUUUAAUUUCAUCAAUCCAACAAUUCUAUCACGGACAACAAAACGUUUCUAGUCUCAUCCAACACGGGCACAAAACGUUUCUGGACUCAUCCAACACACAGUCCUCAAAGGAAGGGCGGUGGAAACGUUUCCCUCGUUAUUUUCCAGAGGAUUACAUUUCUUAAAUCGAAGCCACUUUUGGUGACAAUGGCUGCUCUUUCAGUGUGGUUUUGGAACGAGAGGUUUUGGCUCCCACAUAAUGUGACUUGGGCGGAUCUUGCAGACCCAGCGCCCGGGGUGGAGUAUCCAAAAGCCGGGCACUUACUCUCUGCCUUACCGCUGGCUGUGGGGAUCUUUGCUGUCAGAAUACUAUUUGAGAGGUUCAUAGCCAGUCCAUGUGCCUUCCUCUUGCAUAUCCACGCUGCCUCAGUCCACUGGCGAGCCACACCCAACCCUGUCCUGGAGAAGGUGUUUACAUCCAUCACAAAGUGCCCAGACUCGCGACACCUGGAUGGGUUAUCUAAGCAGUUGGACUGGGAUGUGAGGAAGGUCCAGCGAUGGUUCAGACACAGACGCAACCAGGACAAACCCAGCAUACUCACCAAGUUCUGUGAGAGCAUGUGGAGGCUUAUAUUUUAUCUGUUCAUGUUUACCUACGGGAUCUGCUUUCUAUGGAAGUGCUCAUGGAUGUGGGAUACACAGCACUGCUGGUACAACUACCCCUACCAGGUCCUGACUCCAGGCCUGUACCACUACUACGUGACUGAGCUGGGCUUCUACUGGUCUCUCAUGUUCUCUCAGUUUACUGACAUCAAACGCAAGGACUUCCCCAUCAUGUUCAUUCAUCACCUAGCAACAGUGAGCCUGAUCAGUUUCUCCUACGCUAACAACAUGCUACGUGUCGGGAGCCUGGUGAUGUGCGUUCACGACGCAUCAGACUUCCUACUGGAGGCAGCCAAGCUGGCCAACUACGCCAAGUACCAGCACCUGUGUGACUUCCUGUUUGUUCUGUUUGCAGUAGUCUUCUUCAUCACACGGCUUGUCCUCUACCCUCUAUGGAUCCUGAACACAACAUUGUUUGAGAGCUGGGAGAUCAUUGGUCCAUACCCUUCCUGGUGGCUCUUCAACUCCCUACUGCUGGUGCUACAGGUGCUGCAUGUCAUCUGGUCCUACCUCAUAGCCGGGAUCGCCUACAAGGCCUUGGUCCGAGGAAAGGUUUCUAAGGAUGACCGCAGUGAUGUUGAGAGCAGCUCAGAGGAGGAGGUGGACACCAACGGGACCAAUGGCAGGGGGGUUAAAAUGGUGUUCUCUCGUAAGGUAGAGAACGGCACCAACGGCCACGCCGUCACCACUAGAACCUGGCCACAACAGAUACGUAGCAGCAGCAGCAGGAGGACACUAGUGCCAGCCAGCUAAAUGACUACCAGAGACGACGUAGCGGCUCCCGCUUCCACCUCUCCCUGGCUGUCACCAUGUGGGUCCAUCUGAACCAUGGAAACUCUGCCCUGCUGGGGCUCCUCUCCCUGCUGGCCUCCUGGAAGUGCUACCGCUCGGCUGCCCGGAGGCUGAGGAAGCUCGGGCGGUCUGACUUUGACCACUUUAAGGAGUUAAAGAUCAGAGGAGACAUGACGGAGCACGCCAGGGAACACUUAACAAAACACAGUGGGAUGGCGCUAAUGCAGUGCUUUGGUAGUACCACCUGGGAUCCUAGACUGCUGCUCUUCAUGAGAAAAUAGACACUUCCUAGUAGAUCAAAUCUGACUGGACAUUUACUUUUAGUGUCUGUUAUGAUGAUUGUGUUAAAGGAGUAAUCUGAAAUUCUUGUAAAAAUAUGUUGCUUGAAGUGACAAUGAAGCCCACUUGAAAUCUGUAUGUGCAGGAGCUUCAAGCAAAGUUAAAUAAGGGUCAGUAUGUUGAUUGAACACUAGGGGACAAUACUGGGUUGUUAUCGCUGUCUAAUGCCACCUGCAUCAUGCAUAUUUUAGACAACUAUACAGUUGGUUGAUCAAUACUCUUCAUACAGGGGGUAUUUUUGUGCAAUUCUGUGAUAAUGGAAUUAAGCUGACAGAUUUUUCACUUUAAAAUGUAUGCCAAACAAAAAACAUUGAUUUCAAAGUUUAACAAAUUAUAGAACUCUGCACAGUGAUCAAUGAUCAAUUUACACAGUAAAUUAAAAAAUACAUUUACUGGAAAAAAAACUGUGCAGAUGCAAAGGUUGGUAACAAAAUUACGGUAAAAUCUCCCUCAGUUGUAUUCUGUUACAUAACUUUGUAUCUGCCACAUGUGGCUUGUUGCACCUUAAUUGCGGAGGAAAGGCUCGUGGUAAUGCCUGGAAUGGAAUAAAUAGAAUGGCAUCAGACACAUCUAACUAAUGGUUUCCAUGAGUUUUAUACUAUCCCAUUCACUCCAUUCCAGCCAUUAUUAUGGGCCGUCAUCCCCUCAGCAGCCUCCUGUGAUUUAUUCUGCACAGUUCUUCCUGUAAAUGUGUAUUUUCUGUGGAGUAUGUUAAAAGUAGUCCUUGUGCAUAGAGUUGUAUGGUUUGUUAAACUUUGAAAUCAAUAUUUUUUGUUUGGCAUACAUUUUAAAGUGAAUAAUCAGAGUCUCUCAGCCUAAUUCUUUUACCAUAGAAUUGCCCUUUGGCAAACAAUCAUGAAUGUUCGACUGAUAGAUAACAUAAUAAAUUAAUUUUGUAUGUUUUCAAAAUCAGAAAUAAAGCACAUGAUUUUAACUUCU